AUGAUAAACGCACUCACUAACGCUGGCAUACACAAAGACAUAAAGGUUUCCGCAAUUCUACAGGAUAAUGUCUUAGCAUCUUCUUUUCCACCUUCAGCAGGAGCAUUCAGCGCUGACACAGCAAGCGUUAUCAAAGAGAUUGUAGCCAUUUUGUUGCAACAUGGUUCACCCAUUAAUAUCAACACGUACCCUUACUAUGCUUAUGCCUCUGACCCGCAACACAUUUCUCUAGACUAUGCAUUGUUUAAGUCAGAAAGCCCUGUGGUUACUGAUGGAAGCUUCCAGUACUAUAAUUUGUUUGAUGCAGAGCUUGAUGCUUAUCAUGCUGCGUUUGAGAAGAUUGGUGUGUCCAAUAUAACUCUCACUGUCACCGAAACUGGUUGGCCCACUGCGGGUAAUGAGCCCUACACAACCAUACAAAACGCUGCGGAUUACAACAAAAACUUGAUCGCUUAUGUGAAAUCAGGGAAAGGGACACCAAGGAGACCUGGCCAAGGUUUGAAUGUUUUUAUUUUCGAAACGUUCAAUGAAAAUCUCAAGGCACCUGGAAUUGAGAACAACUUUGGAGUCUUCUAUCCGAAUAAGGAUCCCGUGUAUCCCUUGUUUUAA